UCCCCUCUCUCUCCACACAAAAGUCACGAGACUCACACUCACAGAUUGAAAGUUCGAUCCAAAAUCAAAACCCUAGUUUUGCAGAAAUGUCGGGUAGAGGGAAGGGAGGCAAGGGGUUGGGCAAAGGAGGAGCCAAAAGGCACAGGAAGGUGCUGAGGGAUAACAUCCAGGGCAUCACCAAGCCUGCAAUUCGUCGUCUUGCUCGUAGGGGCGGCGUGAAGCGUAUCAGUGGUCUCAUCUACGAGGAGACACGUGGCGUCCUCAAGAUCUUCCUCGAGAAUGUGAUCCGAGACGCUGUGACCUACACAGAGCACGCCCGGAGGAAGACGGUGACCGCCAUGGAUGUCGUCUAUGCUCUCAAGAGGCAGGGCCGGACUCUGUACGGGUUUGGUGGUUAGGAUUUUUAGGGUUUCGAAUUGGGAAUUGUAAAGGGGUUAAUUGGUGUUGUGGUUGUUGGGCAGUUUAGGAAGCAGUUGCUUGAAGUUGAUGUUUUUCUAGGUUGAUUAUGAAAUGAAAAUCUACUUGUUUUCUCAA